UGCCAUGCGCAGACGGAUUCAAAGAAGGUAUUCGUGGCAGUGCAAUGGUGGAAUUAUUAGGACGUGAAUGUUGUAUUUAUAUAUUGUUUAUCGAUUGAUCUAUGGCCAACUUGACAAUAACUGACGAUGAUUCGGUGUUAUCUGAUAGCGUAAAUACUAGUGAAAGUCCGGACGUGUAUAAAAAGUGUUUUACUCUGCGGGAUUAUUAUAAACAGUGCCUGAGUUUUUAUCACAAAGGAAAAGACGUAAUAAAAAUAACAUAUCAAGAUAAAAUCAGAUUGACAGCCCUAUGGAAGCAAGCUUCAGCUGGAAAAUAUGAUCCUUCAAAAAUUCCAGAAGUUGGCUAUUUUGACGUUGUUGGCAAUGACAGAAAAGUCGCAUGGGAAGGUCUUGGCGAUAUGCCAAAAGAGAAGGCAAUGGAAGAGUUCUGUAGCUUGGUGGAAAAGAUUGCACCUGAGCUAGAGGCAUACCUUGAAGCACAGUAUAGAGAGAUUGAGGAGAAAAAACGACAGAAACUCGAAGAAGAACGGAGAAAGCGAGAAGAGGAGGAACGGAAGAGAAAGGAAGAAGAGGAGAGACUUGAACAAGAGAGAUUGCAGAAGAUUGAGGAACAGAAGAGGAGAGAAGAGGCUGAACGGGAAGAACAGAGAAAAAAUGAAGAAGCUUUGAAAGCAGAACAGGAGAAAACGUUAAUGAUGCAAGCUAAACCUCAGGUGAACGGAUCGCCGUCAAUCGCUCCAGCUUCGCUGUGGUCGCGUCCCAAGGUGCAAGAAUUCAUUCAACACGUGAGAACUGAUCCUGGCUCUGUGUUGGUUGUUGGACGUGGUGAAACAAUCACUGUCCGCGUACCAACACAUGAAAAUGGCACUUGCUUGUUCUGGGAAUUCGCUACAGAAACGUACGAUGUUGGAUUUGGGGUUAGUUUUGAAUGGACAUUGCCGUCGUCCGAAGCAAUCACCGUCAAAGUUGACGAAAACGAGGAAAGCGAGACGGGGCAAAAUGGCGAACACAAUGAAACGCCAAAACUAAGAAUCGACGAGAUUCUUCCGACGAUUCGGCGACCUUGUAACGAGGAAGUUAUGGUCGGAAGCCAUCUAUACCCUGGACGUGGUGUUUACCUCCUGAAAUUUGACAAUUCUUACUCGCUCUUUCGAUCGAAAACGCUAUUCUACAGAGUUUAUUAUACACGAUAAAAUUAUCCUGCCUAUUAUUACCCUUGCCUAGGGAAUUCCUCGGAUCGAGAUAUGAGAAUUAUUAUAUGCAUUGCCAAUAGACGCUUUAACUUCGAAUACUUUUACAAAACUUCUGCCCGUACAAAUGUGCCUUUCCAAUGUCACCAGACAGGCGAAAAGCUUUUUAUCUUACCCAAAAUAAAUAUACUGAGGUUCAUCUUAAUAAAA